AAACGAGUUGAAAGCGUCAUGGUGAUUGGUAAGAGCGGAGAGAGAAUCUUGAAAAUCGGAGAUUUACUAACGGGCAACGAAAGUACAAAUAGCUUCUAGUGAUGCUGUGAGGUAGGGGUUAAUUCCUAAAACAUUGAAACAAUGGUGAAACAAGAGAAACGUGUGGACAGUAAUUCUACAGAUCACAAAGGUGACAACGAAGAUGCCGAAUCUUUUGAGGAACAACCUCUCGACACUGGCGAUCACUACUUGGCAAGGAGAUCUGAUACAUGGCAUCCUGCAGAAAUCAUCCAGACACGAUACAAUGACCAAGAUGGUCAUUACGAGUAUUAUGUUCAUUAUGAAGGAUAUAACAGGAGGCUUGACGAGUGGGUACAGCGAGACAGGAUCAUGAGCUCUCGCUUCCAUAUGUCAGACCAGCAGUGGAAGAACAAUGAAAAGAAUUCAUCAGACUUGCUGUCAGAUCAGACUGAUAGAAAAAUCACUCGGAAUCAGAAGAGACGUCAUGAUGAAAUUAACCACAUUCAAAAGACAUAUGCUGAAAUGGAUCCAACAACUGCCGCAUUGGAGAAAGAACAUGAAGCAAUAACAAAGGUAAAAUACAUUGACAGAAUUCAGAUUGGUCGUUAUGAGAUAGAUACUUGGUACUUUAGUCCAUAUCCUGAUGAGUAUGGGAAGCAAUCUAAGCUUUGGAUAUGUGAAUACUGUCUUAAGUACAUGCGGCUGGAGAAGACUUACCGUUACCAUAUGAGUGAAUGCACAUCAAGACAACCACCCGGAAAAGAAAUUUAUCGGAAAGGAACUUUGUCCAUUUGGGAGGUGGAUGGGAAAGAUCAUAAAAUAUACAGCCAAAAUUUGUGUUUAUUGGCAAAGUUGUUCCUUGAUCAUAAAACAUUAUAUUUUGAUGUGGAACCAUUUCUGUUUUACAUACUGUGUGAAGUAGAUAAACAUGGAGCACACCUUGUUGGGUACUUCUCCAAGGAAAAAGAAUCACCUGAUGGAAACAAUGUAGCUUGUAUUCUAACACUGCCACCAUAUCAGCGUCAGGGUUAUGGUAAAUUGCUGAUUGCAUUCAGCUAUGAACUCUCGAAGAUGGAAUCUGCUGUUGGGAGUCCGGAGAAACCUCUGUCAGACCUGGGAAAAUUGAGCUACCGUUCUUAUUGGUCAUGGGUCCUUCUUGAAAUUUUAAGAGAUUUCCGAGGAACACUUUCUAUCAAAGAACUCAGUGAAAUGACGAGUAUAACACAGACAGACAUAAUCUCGACACUGCAGAGUAUGAAUAUGGUAAAAUACUGGAAAGGGCAGCAUGUCAUUUGUGUUACACCUAAACUUGUGGAAGAACAUAUAAAAUCAUCUCAGUUUAAGAAACCAAGGCUUGUGGUGGACACAACAGCUCUCCGUUGGGCUCCACCAAAGAAAACGCAGACGAGAACUGGGAAGAAAUGAAAGCAAAAGCGUACAAGGAAAAGUGAAAUUAAAAGCGUACAAGGAAAAGUGAAAUUAAAAGUGUACAAGGAAAAGUGAAAUUAAUGAAUCAUUUCAUGUGCACAUCUUGUCAUUACAUUUCUUGAAGUGAAAUAAUUGCAUUUGAGAGUUGUAAUGCAUUUUCUUCAUUAAUAUUUAUUAUAUUCACAUACUUUAUUUGUAAAAAAUAUCAUUUUUAAAGAUACACAGCUGUAUAUAUGAAAAUAAAAGCAAAAUAUUCAGGUGAA